AUGUCUGGGCUAUUUGGGAGUGCCUCUUCUACCCCGGCUGCCACCAGCACAACAGGUGACACGUCCAAAGAUGUUGCGCUCGUCUCACCCCCGGAGGAUAGCGUGUCGGAUCUUCAGUUCUCUCCAACACAUGACUUCUUAGCCGUUGCAUCAUGGGACAAGAAGGUCAGGAUAUACCAAGUCAGCGAAUCAGGCCAGAGCGAAGGGAAAUUCUCCAUGGACUUCGAUGGCCCUGUUCUGAGCUGCUCGUGGUCUCUUGAUGGCUCGAAAAUUGCAGGCGCGGGUACAGACAAAAGUUUUCGAAUCAUUGACCCUGGAUCAGGCAACAUGACCCCCCAAACCCUUGUUGCACAUGAACAGCCCAUCUCAGCAUGUAAAUUUGCGGAGAUCAACGGCCAGCAGAUCCUCGUCACCGGGUCCUGGGACAAGACGGUUAAAUACUGGGAUUUAAGACAGCAGAAUCCAGUCGCAACUCUCCAGUGUCAAGAGCGGGUUUACACAAUGGACGUCAAGAACAAGCUUCUAGUCAUUGGAACUGCUGAUCGCUACAUCAAUAUCGUCGACCUGAACUCACCUGAGAAGUUCUACAAGUCCCUGCAAUCGCCUUUGAAAUAUCAAACCAGAGUCGUAUCCUCCUUCACGGAUGCAUCAGGUUUCGCCGUCGGUAGUGUCGAGGGUCGAUGCGCGAUUCAGUACGUGGAGGAAAAGGACUCGACGAACAACUUCAGUUUCAAAUGCCACCGCGAUACGCCGCCCACCACUGGCCCGAACUCGAAUGUCGCCAACGUCUACAGUGUCAACGCCAUCUCGUUCCACCCCAUUCACGGGACCUUCUCCACUGCCGGUAGUGACGGCACGUUCCACUUCUGGGAUGGCAACGCGAAGCACAGAUUGAAGGGAUACCCAGCUGUUGGAGGACCAAUAACGGCCACUGCGUUCAACAGACAAGGAACGGUGUUCGCAUAUGCAGUUUGCUACGAUUGGAGUCAAGGUUAUCAAAAGAAUACUCAGCAAAUGGUUAACAAAGUUAUGUUGCACGGUGUACAACCCGAGGAGGUCAAGCCGAGACCUGGCGGCAAGAAGAGAUGA